AUGUUCUGUGAACAGGAGGCCAAAGGAGAAAUUGACUAUCAUGGCUUCUAUCGUGCGUCCUACCCCGAGCCAUCAUUUAAACGUUCGCUCAGAUUUACAUGGAAAAAUCGCGAAAAGUCUAUAAGCACCCUGUUAUUUGGCGCCUCCGUGGACUUCGAAAUUGGUCUAUACACGUCUAUCUACCUCAUUUCCAAACGCGAAUUUGUUAAUAUGCGCAGCUGGCCCGACGUCCAAGUUAGCCUUGGUCGAGACAAUAUUCGCGUCCAGUGCCAUGACUUCAGAGGCCAAAUUGGCUCCUGUUAUGCCAUGUAA